ACAUUGCUUUUUCAUUAUUAUACUUCUCUAUUCCCUUUUUGUUCUCUUAUCAAAACCCCCCCUCUCACAACUCCCAACCCCUCAAUCAUCUUCUCCUUUAAUUUCUGUGCCUCAUUUGUUCUAUUUCCUUCCUUUGGAUCUUCUGAUCAAGUUGUAUAGUUCUUGAUAUUUGGAGAAUAGGUACACAUUUUGAUCAAGAAUAUUGAUCAGAAGUUCCAAGGGGAAGGAGAUAAGGCAAAUGGCACCGGUUUCGCUGCCUCCCGGCUUCCGGUUUCACCCCACCGAUGAAGAGCUCGUAGCUUACUACCUCAAGAGAAAGAUUAACGGCCGAAAAAUCGAUCUUGAAAUUAUCCCAGAAGUCGAUCUUUACAAGUGCGAACCAUGGGACCUUCCAGGAAAGUCGUUGUUGCCAAGCAAAGACCUAGAAUGGUAUUUCUUCAGCCCGCGGGACCGUAAAUACCCGAACGGGUCUCGGACAAACCGGGCAACGAAAGCCGGGUAUUGGAAAGCGACGGGGAAGGACAGGAAGGUAAAUUCACAGACGAGGGCGGUAGGGAUGAAGAAAACCCUCGUUUAUUACAGAGGCAGAGCUCCCCACGGCGCUCGCACCGAUUGGGUCAUGCAUGAGUAUCGCUUGGAUGAUAGAGAAUGCGACACCCCCUCUUCCGGCCUUCAGGAUGCCUAUGCACUUUGCCGCGUUUUCAAGAAGAGUUUGAAUAUUCCCAAAGUCGGAGAGAACUACGUCACUCAUCCAUCCUCCACCCCCAACUACGAGGAUCCGCCCGAUCCCUCGUGGCCGCACUACUUAUCGGAGGAGGCUUUCGCCUUCACCAAUAAUCCAUACCCUAACUGCGCCCCUAUCUUUAACCCUCCCUCAAAGGUCGAUAUAGCACUGGAAUGUGCCCGGUUGCAACAUAGGUUUUCGCUGCCCCCGCUGGAGGUCCAGGAUUAUCCUCCGGCCGGUUUUCCGAUGGAUCAGAGAAUGCAGUAUUCGAAUGCAUUCCAUGGGAAUACAGAUCAGCCGGCUGAUAUUGUGCAGGAGAUUCUUUCAGUUGCUCAAGCUUCUCAACAACUUCAAAAUCAAGAGACCUUUACUGGAAAUUACGCUCUCUCAGAUGACUUUUCCUUUCUUCUCCACGCUCCCGACAUCGGCUCCUCUAGAUAUUUAGACAACGUAGGAGAGGGACAUAAUCAGAGGUCAAUUGAUAUUGGAGACAAUGAUCAAUUCUCCCAAACAGGGAGGAUGGUGGAGAAUUUGAGAUGGGUUGGAAUGUCCAACAAAGAACUUGAAAAGGCAUUUGUGGAUGAUUUCAAGACAGUCCCAAUAGAGAACAUUUCCAAUAUCCCAAGAGACUAUCAUGAUUUCCAAGGAGAAAGUAGCAACCACAACUUCAACACAUUCAUCAACACUGAAACAAAUGACAACAUCUCAAUUGCCCCUAGAGAUGAUCACCACAAUGUGAGCAGCGACAACUUCUUGGACGACGGCGACAUCGACGAUUUCUCGAGCACUCCGAACUUCGAGGUGUAUGGGAAAGUGGAGGUGAAUCACGGAUUACUGGUCUCAACUCGUCAGACACCCAACACAUUCUACCACAAAGUGGUGCCAUCCAAGACCGUGCAAGUCCAAAUGAACCCUAUUAUCAUCCCCAUCUCCAAAUCGGGUUUUCUUGCAUCACCUAAGAUGGGAUCGAGCAUGCUGAAGAUGAUGAAAUCUCUAGAUGAGGAAGAUGGAAGUUCAAAAGGGAGAUUGUGUGGUGAGGUGAUGAAGAAUAUUAGGUCUUAUGUAACAUUUGCAGUGGCAUUGUGUGCCAUUUGGGUACGAAUUGUGACUCCUUUUGCUUGAAUUUGUUUUAUUUAAUUAUUAGGUGUACUAAUAAUUAUUAACAUGAAAAGGGGGUAAGGUUAGUAUACUUUUCAAUUUAUUUUAUUUUUAUCUUUUUUUGGGGGCGGCUAGCUAAUUGGAUAUAGGAAUAUUAAAUUGGGGUGGGGGUUGGCUUAUUAUAUUGUAACUCAAUGUAAUUGAUAUACUUUGAUGAAGUCAAGUAUAAUUGUAUAAUUUGAAGAUCUCGUUCUUGAGUGAUCUUUAUAAGGAAUAUAAUCAAAUGGUUCAAUGUUUC